AUGAUAAAAUAUAAUAAUAAUUUAUUAAAUAAAAUUUUAAUAAAAAAAAUAUUUAGAAUUAUAAAACAUUUUAAUAUAUUUUAUUAUCGUUUAUUUAUUUGGAUAUAUAUAAUUAUUUUAAUAUUUUUAUUAAUAAAUAAAAAAAAUAUAUAUAAUAAAAUAAUAUACAAUAAAUAUAAAUAUUUAAUAAAUUUUUUAUUUAUAAUUUUAUUAUUAAAUUUAUGUCAAAAAUCAGAUUUGAACUGA